AUGGAGUAUGACUCAUGCGACAGCAGGAACGUGAGCGACGACGACGAGUACCUCGAGUCGGACUGCGCCCGGCCGUACGCCACAGCGUUUGUCAAGCUCAAGUCCAAGGACACAUUCCUUUACACGCUCAAGUGCCCGCGCGACGUCCGCCCGCCGCGCAUUCACAUUGGCCGCAAAGCAUUUGCGUGGCCACUCUCGAAAGCCCACGAGAAGCGACUCGAUGCGCUCUAUGACACGGACACAAUUCUUCCCGCGUCCGACUUUUCCAUCGAUGACUUUGAUGCGUGGUGGGCCACCGCUGGCGAGAACGUCCUUCUCGAAGGUCGGGGUGCGCUCGGUCUGGCAAGCUCGGUCGCCAUCGGUGUGACGUUAUCACACCUCGCCAUUGAUGUCAGCGGAAACGGCAAUGGCUUGCACGCGCAGAAGUCGGCUGCGAAUGCCUUUGGCUCGGUCAUCUUUGUGCUGCCAUCGGCGCACAAGGGCGGCCGCAUCACCUUUACCCAAGGUCACCACACGGAGAAGUUGGAUGCGUCACCGACCGUCAUGCACGUCGCCAUGACGUAUCUGCAAACCUAUAUAUCGUCCACCCGCCUCUCGUCCGGGCGACGGUACGCGCUCGUCUUCAACUUGGUGCCGCUGGGCGACUCUUUCAUGCCGCGCAUGCCGCCCAAGAUGCUCGAGGCCAUCGAGGGCUUCAAGGCGCUCGCGGCGCGGCCGGUCCAACGACACCGGCGCAUGCGCCUCAGCUGGGCCGACACGCACUUGGUGGACGUGCUUUUGGCGACCGGCGCCUACGACGUUGCGCUUGUGAGCUUUCGAAAGUUGCCGGACGAGGAAGACUUGCAUUUUUGCUUCAUCGAUGACUUUGGCCCCCACAGCAAGUCCGACGAGGAGUAUGUGGACCGACGGCACGAGAACAAGAUUACGAGCUGUGUACCGCACCCCGCAUGUUGCAUCCCCGACACAGUCCUUGAAGUGCUCAAGCACCAGGGCACUCACACUUUUCCCGAGUGCCCGCGGUCCGUUCGGUACGCAGUCUUCAUCAAGUGCUCACCGACCGUGCUCGUCUUUUGGCCGACACAGUACCGCGCUGAAAUCCUCGGUAUCGACAGCGCUCUCUUGCACUUGCAGCGCGCCAUGAUAGCCCCAAAACCGUACAACUUGAUCGGCUUUGCGACCGCCCGGGACUUGGCCGCGAGCGUGUUGUCGACCUUUGGCUGCGGGACACGGAGGGACUACGUCCCGGUAUCCCAUGGCGCGUCGUUGCAGACGCAACAAUGGGGGUUUACUAAGAUGAUGGGGGAUCUGCUUUUGGCGCUCGAUGACGUGACCCUCGUCCAGAGAUUUCUUCGAGAUGCGGUUGGGAUCACGGCCAACACACCACUGGACAAGGUCGCACCGGUCGUGCAUGCACUCUUGCACCACUUUGGCUGGCCUGCACUGGGCGACGCAAUGCUAGGUCUCGUGCGCCGCUGGCUUCUGACGGCGACGGGUCCGCUGCUUCAAUUGCUGCUGAGCUUGGCCGGUCGCAGCGCUCGACCCGUGUGUGCCAAGCUGCACCAGCCGUUCUUUGGCGAAUGGCUCAAAGCGGCGUGGUCGCUUCUUGUCGUGCACCCGCACCUCAAAUUUCGGUGUCACAAAGUGUACCGUGUCGACGUCGUGCGGGACCUUUUGCUCCUCGACGCCUACGUCCUGUUUCAACUUCCAAAGGAGCCGGCCAACAACUAUCUCGGGGGGCACCUGCCCCCGAUGCUCCUCGCCGACGUUGACGACUACGUGCACGGAGGCUGCCACGUCGUGGAGGCUAUACGAUACAUGUACGCCGGCGAUUCGCAAAUGCUUCUGUCGCAGCUCCCGGAAGCUCUCGUCCUGGCAGCGUAUACGAGCACGGAACUGGGGGAUUUCAUCGACGUCCUUUUGGCAGCCUAUCACGAGCCGUUGUCGCGUCGCGCGUCAAACACGUUCACCGAAGCACUCGAUAUGAGUCCUUUUGCAUUGGCUAGCUUUCUUGUUGUGCUAGACUUGGGUGGUCACUGCGAUGUCAAAUUCAUUGCAUCUCUCUGGUCGCGGUGGGCGCUCUCGGACGCCUUUGGUCCAAGUGACGACUACGUCGACAAGGGCGUGCUGGCAGUGUCCGCCCGCCUUCAGGAGCACGUGACGACGGUGCUUCUCGAUGGUGCGCCGACGCUGAUGCCGCUGCAAACCGCUGAGAAUUGUGUCCGCCUCGGAAAAGCCAAGCUGCCGACCAAGCGCAGCCUCGCCUUGCUCGCGAUGAUGGCGCCAAAGUCCGUCUCGGCGUUCGCGACUGCGUGGCUGUCGGCGCUGCCACCGACGAUCGAGGCGACCCGGUAUCUGUUGUUUCCAAUCAUCGAGUGGAUGCACUGCUGGCGCCAGCAGGCACAUGGCGACGCGGUUGCAUGCCUAGCGUCCGUGUGCCUGCAGAGGCUCCAUGACGCGCGCAUUCCCGUCCGCGCGAACCCGGCACUUGUCCUGUUGGACAUUGAUAUGACGAGAGAGCAUUGUGCGCAGUGUAAUCAAGUGGCAGAGUUUUUGCGCGACAGCACCAAGACCCAUGUGGUCCUCACGGCGACAUCAAACACUGUCUGUUCAAUGCUCCGGACGCUCGUGACUGCGCACAAAGACCGCCUCGAGUUUGCAGCCGAGGACCCUCCAUGCUCAAAGUACUUGCGCACCACAUUGCUUCGCAAGGUCCUGCCGAAAAGUCCAGGUCCAAGAGUCGAAAACGACGACGUGCGCGAUGAUUGCCGCAUUGCAGCGCUUGAAGCGAUGACCGCCGACAGCGCACGACCGACCAAGCGCCCACGGGUCGCGUGA